UUUUUUGUGCUGGACCCAGUGAAAAAUCAGGGUUAGCGAGAAAACCAAAUCACAACCAACCCAUCGAUUAUCUCUAGCAAUUCUCGGUCACGAUUUGACUUCCCUCUCUCAAUCCCCGUCACCCAAAGUCGAUCGCCAACACCCACCGCCGAGAUGAAGCUGAACAUCUCCUACCCUGCCAAUGGCAGCCAGAAGCUCAUCGAGAUCGAAGAUGAGCGAAAGCUCCGCGACUUCAUGGAGAAGCGAAUGGGCCAGGAAGUCCCCGGUGACAACCUUGGUGAUGAAUUCAAGGGAUACAUCUUCCGCAUCACCGGUGGAAACGACAAGCAAGGUUUCCCCAUGAAGCAGGGUGUCCUCCACCCUACCCGUGUCCGACUUCUCCUUUCCGAAGGCCACUCCUGCUACCGACCCCGCCGUACCGGUGAGCGCAAGCGAAAGUCCGUCCGUGGUUGCAUUGUCGGCAUGGACCUGGCUGUCCUUGCCCUCUCCAUCGUCAAGCAGGGCGAGCAGGAGCUCCCCGGCCUGACCGACGUUGUCCACCCCAAGCGUCUCGGUCCCAAGCGUGCCACCAAGAUCCGCCGCUUCUUCGGCCUCAGCAAGGAUGACGAUGUCCGAAAGUACGUUAUUCGACGUGAGGUCCAGCCUAAGGGCGAGGGCAAGCAGCCUUACACCAAGGCUCCCCGUAUCCAGAGACUGGUCACUCCCCAGCGUCUCCAGCACAAGCGCCACCGCAUUGCGCUCAAGCGCCGCCAGGCCGAGAAGGUCAAGGACGAGGCCGCCGAGUAUGCUCAGAUUCUCGCCAAGCGUGUCUCAGAGGCGAAGUCAUCCAAGGCUGAUGCCCGCAAGAGAAGGGCAAGCUCCAUGCGCAAGUAGAUGCUUCCAGGCGUUCGGUCGGUGUAUUCUGGUUGUUGCAUUUCGGCAUGAAAAUCAUGGCUACGGUAGGGCAUUGCGGGAUAGCCACGGCGAGUGGCUUUAGAUAGGCCAAGUAUUGGCUUUAGUAUAUCCCCGGAGGCUACCAAAAAAUGAAAUGAGAUCAAGAUUCCCAACAUAAUAUUUCAACUGUUUCAAACAACAAAAUUAUCACUA